AUGGAAUACAUUCGCACCAACUUCCUAAUACAAAACGAAGAGAGCUUUGACCUGAAGCAAGAAGAGCUUUUCAAUAGCGAACAUUUUGAGCCAAUUUACCAGGAAGUGUCCUCAACUUAUGAGCAGGAUUUUAGCCAAAAUUUCCUGCAAAUGUUCUACGAUUGUCGAACGAAUGUACCAGAUGGGAGUUGGGAUUGGCAGUGGUGGCAAAACAGCCAAGUACUUAAAGAAGAAAAUGAGGUGGAAUCAGCGGGAACUUUGAGUUACAGCGAAGAAGAAGUUCGUUCACCAACUGCUUCCAGAAAAGAGAGGACUGCGUUUACAAAAACACAAAUUCGCAAUUUGGAAGCGGAGUUUUCCCGCGCAAAUUAUCUGACGAGGUUGCGACGAUAUGAGAUCGCUGUCGCACUGAAUCUAACUGAGAGACAGGUUAAGGUCUGGUUUCAAAACCGAAGAAUGAAAUGGAAAAGAACAAAGGGGCCUAAAAAUGCGAAAAAGGAUUAG